GCUGGCACGAUAUAGAUACCGGGGCCGAGUUUAUGGCUGAUAUGGAUCUUCAAGGUGUUUUUCAUUGCUUCUUGAGGAAAGCGAAAGAAGAGCAGUCUUGAUCGAAGAAGAGUCUUCUUGAUGUACACUGAUAUAUAAUUAAUGGCAGUGGUGCCAAUUCUUGGUUGAAAAGUUCACAUAUUUUCCAGGGCUCAGGGUUGAAGGCCCCCCGAUCUAACUAUUUGAGGGGGGGCCUCCAGCCCCGGACUCUUUUUUUCUCGAGGGACUGCCGGGCGGGAAGGCCUCCAAGCGCCCACCUCCGACCCCUUGCCGCUUCUUGCCUGGACCCUCCAGAGCCUCCACCACUGUGCUGCGCCGCAGAUCCAUCCACAGUGGGGGGCCUCCCUCCCUGGUACAUAUAUUAUUUUUCCAUUUUAUUGCUAACAUUUUUGUCGCAGUUUUUCCAAGUUGUAUGAGAAAGUUUAUCUUUAUUUUUGGUUAACCUUACCACAACAAGUGCUGCAUCUCCAUACAAAUGCUAUGUAAUUAUACACAGCUGCAUAUACUAGAAACGGCUACUCAGCAUGACUCAAGAAGUUGUAGAAGGAAGAUAUCUUGGAGUCGAAAUAUGAUGACUUUAGAGAGGGUUAUGAACAUGAUGAGUCCACUCCUAUCCUCGACAGUCCUAGUCUUAUCCUAGUCCUAUCUUAUCCUAGUGCUAGUCUUAUCUUAUCAUAGUCUGAUCUUAGUCUAGUCUUGUCUUAUCUUAGUCUUAUGUAUUCAGAAGUCCUAUCCGAUUCCGAAGAUCCUAUGAUCCUAUCCUAUCCUAUCAUAUCCUAUCCCGGGGCGCUCUUCUGCAUGACUCGCUUGUCUAAUGACCUCGGCGCAGCAAGCAGAGCCAAAGACGAGCGUCGCCAGUGGUGGCACCGAUUACAGAACUGCGACUAGAACAUCUGAUGAAGGAACGCUCACGGUAAUUAUUCAUCUUCGCACACUGCAGCUGUAUAGUACAACUAUAUUAGUAAAUUGGAGUAAGUUUUUCUUGUUCAUCAGAAUUCCAAUUCCUACUUCUUCCCCAUGAAAAAAAUCUUGUUUUACUACAAGAACAAAAUAACGCAAAAAUAUACGACUCUCAGAAAAAUUAGUCUCAGCUCCCCCCCAUUUCUUAGGAGCCCGACGUAGAUAUGCCCCACGUUUCCUUGAAGAGUAAAUAUAGCAUAUGCCUUUUACUGCUUCUACAGAUAUUCAUAUGCUAAUAUUCAUAUUUUAUUAAAAAUUUAGUCGUGAAGAUCUAUUUUUUUGAGGGAGUGAAUCUUCAUCUUCGAUGAAUAGUAAUGAUAAUACGCACAAGAAACGGUAUUUUUUUUCCUGUGAACCAUCCUAUCUUUCGUCAAGCUGUUGCACCUAUCGUCCAGGCUAUAAGGAGGUUGAUGCACUCCACCUGCUGCCAUAGGCUGGAUAGCACUCCGGCUGCUCUUCCAGGAGCCCCAGGCUACAAAAAAAAAGAAGCGAGGCCCCCUGAAAUCUGUGAUAAAUCCUUCCAACUACCUCCAUCCUUGUUCCAACUACCUCAUUGAACAAGAAAACUAGCGAUGACGAAUUACAUUCAUUGAUUCGGAGUCGUGGUACUACAACCUGUGAAGUUCUUGAAGGAGAUGAACAAGAACAGGAAGGAGAAGAAGAGGAAGUUCUCUACGAUUCUUCGAUAUAAGGAACCAAUACCACGAACGAAUGGUUAGGUUAGGUUGUGGACCCCUAAUGAAAUUUGAAAUAACUACAGCUACUAAAGAUACUUAAUAAUUAAAAUCUCAUCUUCCAGGAAUAUGACGGUACGACUGGAAGCAAAGUUAAACCUCGUGGAACAGAAAUCAAACCGCCUGAAGAAAAACGCAGCCGCACAGCCGUUGCAGCGUCUGGUGAUGGAGAUACGAGAGCCAAAACUAAGUACAACUUUUUGCUUGUCAACAAAAUAUUUUGAUAGAUGAUGAUUACUUGUUGUACUUGUGCUUGUAUGUUCUUUCAGCUAAAGUAUAGAAGUGAUCCUCUCCUGAACUAUCCUUGACAUUGAGCCCUUACAUUGUGAUACUGUACACCCGGAUGAAAAUGGUUUCACUAAGUACCACAACGUCCACUGCGUAAUACGUAUACAUAAUAUCUUCUUGAGGCUUAAAGAAGGAGGACGAAAUCGCAGCAGGCGGGCUGGCGAUGUUGCUGCUCAAUCUAAGAGUCUGCACGACACAGGAGGAAAUUUAUGGUCACUUUUUAUUCUUCACAAACAUGCACAACAAGAACAAUCCCUAGUUGUACCGCGAUUUAGAAGUCCUUUCAUCUUUCUUCACUCUGAUUUUUUUCUUCUUCAUACAACAGUUUUUGGUACUUGUUUCGACAUAGGGGACUAUGGGACUACGAUCUUGUUGUAGUUCCCACUGUAAAAAUAUUUAGUACAGAACACAUCCACAACUUUCACAUUCCUCUAAAAACGGAUGGUGGGGAUAAUCUUGGUGGUCGUGCUAGAACAAGCUCUAGCGAGGGCAAUAAACCUGCGGGAACGGGUCAUGGUAGCUCUAGAAGUGAUUCUUCUACUUCCCAACAAAGAAGUGAUGGUCAUCCAAUAAGUUCUCAGCCUCAGGGUCC